AUGUGUUCAGUGGCUACGGCUGGAGUUGACCUCUACGAGGUCCUAGAGAUUCAUCAGAGCUCAACUAAAGAUGACAUCCGCAAGGCAUACCGCAAGGCGGCCUUGACGAACCACCCCGACAAAGUCCCCGAAGCCGAGCGCGAGGAAGCCUCAAUCAGGUUCAAGGCUGUGCAAGAAGCCUACGAUAUUCUAUACGAUGAUGACAAGCGACACCUCUACGACACACACGGCAUGUCUGCCUUCAACGGCUCGGGUGAGCCUGGCAUGGCAGGUCAACCUGACCUGGAUGACUUGCUGGCACAGAUGUUCGGUGGUGGCAUGGGCGGCAUGGGGGGUAUGGGCGGGAUGCCUGGCAUGGGAGGAAUGGGAGGAAUGCCCGGUGGCCGCCCCAACAAACCGCGCAAGAGCCCCAGUGAAGAGCAAGACUACGAAGUCAGCCUGGAGGAUCUGUACAAGGGGAAGACCGUUAGGUUUUCCAGCGUCAAGAACAUCAUUUGUGGACAUUGCAAGGGCAAGGGUGGCAAGGAAAAGGCUACUGCCAAAAAGUGCUCGACUUGCGGUGGCCAUGGCCACAAGGAGGUCUUACAGCGCAUGGGCCAGUUCGUGACUCAACAGACGGUUGUCUGUACCACAUGUAACGGAGAUGGCUCGUACUUCGCCCCGAAGGAUAAGUGCAAGAAGUGCAAGGGCACAAGAACGACCGAGGCGAAGAAGAUCCUGGAGAUCUACAUUCCUCGAGGCGCGAGGGAAGGAGACCGGAUUGUGUUGGAAGGCGAGGCUGACCAAGUGCCCGAUCAAGAGCCCGGCGACAUUGUUUUCAAAAUCAUCGAGGAACAACACCCCGUGUUUGAACGGGCCGGCUCGGAUCUCCGCGCAACUAUUGAUAUCACUCUUGCUGAAUCCUUGACCGGAUUCUCCCGCGUUGUGAUCAAGCACCUCGAUGGCCGUGGCAUUGAGCUUAACCACCCCCUCACUGCCGGCGCCAUCCUGUCACCGGGACAAGUUCUCAAGGUUCCUGGAGAGGGAAUGCCGAUGAAGCGUACCGAUGCCCGUGGCGACCUGUACUUGGUUGUUGACGUCAAGUUCCCCGAUAACAAGUGGAAGCCUACCCCCGAGAUGCUAGAGAAGCUCAAGGAAAUUCUGCCUAAACCUAGCGCUCCCAUCCAGGCCGACACCACAGAUGAAGUUGAAUACGAUCCCAAGGGCCAGAUGGAAGAUUUCGGUGCGCAGGAUGGCCAGGGUGCAUCAGCAUGGGAAGACGAGGAAGAUGAUGAUGAACCGGCGCAGUGCGCAGCUCAGUAG